AUGGAAUUGGACGUAGGAGAUAAUAAAUUAGAUCCCCAAUCGGGGAUUUUGCACUUUCCAGAUGAACUCUUACACUCGAUCUACAAAAAGUUAGACCUAAAUCUUGAUCAAGACUCUUUUGGUCUAACUUGUCACUGUUUUCUCGAUAUUCAAAGUUCAAGUCAUAAAACCUUGGAACUUGAUUGCUCCUCUUCUGCUAGCAUCAACAUUGAUUCAGCUGCAGUCGACAAAUUGCUUAACCGCUUCAGACAGUUACAGUCGUUGUCCUUAAGCGGACGUGAAAACAUCUCAGAUUCAAGUUUAACUAAAUUGCAACAUUAUGGGUCAAAUCUGCACUCUCUUUAUCUAGAUGAUUGUCGUCAAGCUGUCACUGAUGUUGGAAUUUCCUACAUUGCUUCCGGUUGUCCAUCCUUAUCUGUUAUCAGUCUCGCUCGUUGUUCUAUGAUCAAAGAUUCUGGGUUGGAAAUUUUAUCAGAAUCUUGUAAAUCUUUAACAGAAGUGAAUCUUGCAUGUUGCGUCCGCAUAACUGAUCGUGGAAUCUGGGCACUGUCGCAAAACUGUCGUCAACUUAGGGCACUCAAAAUAUCUCAGUGCGAUAAAAUAGUUGGGGUAAGCUUCCAAGGGUGUUCUCCAACGUUGACUUGUUUAGAAGCUGAUAAUUGUGCGUUUGACCCGAUGGGUGUUACUGGGAUUCUAAGUGGGGGUGGUUUAGAGUAUCUGAAUCUUUCUUGUCUUCAUAAGUGCUCAAGGGGAGAUGGAUUCAUAGCAAUUGGUUUAGGCAUUGGUGCAAAUCUUAGAAUCCUUGACUUAUCAACGUGUAGCUUUGUUACGAAUGAUGUAAUAUCAAGAAUCUCGAAAGGGUGUCCAUUGUUGGAAGAGUGGAACUUAUCAGGUUGUACAGAAGUUGAUUAUUCUGGUUGGGUGUCCAUCGGAUUGCAUUGUCGUAAUUUGGUACGACUUCAUGUCAACGGAUGUGAAAAACUUGAUGAUAGAGGGUUACUAGCUUUGGUGAACAACUGCGAUAGCCUCCAAGUCAUAUACUUGACCAAAUGCACUUCCAAUAUUACUCGAUCUGGGAUUCGCAUUUCCAAGAAAAGGAGAAAGGGUGUUGAGAUUAAAAAGGAACAAGUGACGCACAUUACCCCCUGUUGGGCCUUUAUAACAUGA